AUGCUGAAACAUCGUGGAAGUCAAUCAAAGAACACACAAAGGAAGAAGCAGUGCAUUGACAGCCAGGAUCCCGAUGCAGCUCCAUCUGCGCCCGACCGGAGAUUGCACCCCAAGGAUGUCGAACCACCGAAAUGCGAUCGUCGGGCGCAUGUUGAGGACGCAGAUGAUGAUGAUGAUGAUGAUGUCGAACCACCGAAACGCAACCGAUGUGCACAUGUUGAGGAUGCAGAUGAUGAUGAUGAUGUUGUCAAGAUCUUCGAGUCUGAUAAUGAGGCCACGGAGAAGGUCCGGGCAAAGAAGAAGGAAUUGAUGACACCUGAGGAAGAGCUGAGCGAGAUGCAGAAAGACUGGACAGCGACAGCCUAUGCUUUCUGUAAGCCUGAAGUCACUAUUGAGACAGAUAAGGCGGGCGUACGUGGACAUGUUUUUUGUUGCGCGAACCACGGCUGCAAGAUGAAGGUGAAGCGAUGGCUUGAUAAAGGAGAUCAAAUGUCGACGGGGAACAUGCGUAGACAUAUCCGGAAGUGCUGGGGUGAGGAGGCUUUGGCAGCGGCUGAUGAGAUGAACACCGCGGCUGAUGAGAUGAACACCGCGGCUGAUGAGAUGAACACCGCGGCUGAUGAGAUGAACACCGCGGCUGAUGCGCGCCCAUCUAUUGAGAAGUUCAGAUGGUCAGGAGAUAUCACCGUGGCAUUCGAGCGCAAAGAGAAAGGGAAGGUAACUUACUCUGUGUGCCAGCACACACGCACCGAGACCCGGGCGGAGAUUGUGCGCUGGGUCUCGGAAAGCCUUCGCCCAUUCACGAUCAUUGAGGAUCAUGCAUACCAGUCUUUGAUGAAAACGGGUCAGCCAGAAUAUUGGAUCCCCUCGUGCUGGACGGUAGCACGAGAUGUGCACAAAGUAUUCGCAUGCUGUUGGGCACAUGUCGCGAAGAUGCUGCAGGAGUACGAUGGCGAGUUGAGCUUCGCCACUGAUGCUUGGACCUCGCUGAACCAUAAGGCAAUCGUCACGUUCACAGUCCACUUGCAGCAUAAGGGCAUGCCACUCCGGAUGGUCCUCGAUGUUGUUGAAGUCGCGGACUCCCAUAGUGGCGUCAACCUUGCCACUGCAUUUGCGAAGAUGGUGGAUGAUUUCAAAAUUGCUAUAAAGAUGCUCAGCAUCACCGUGGACAAUGUGUCGCCAAAUAAUGUCAUGAUCGAUGAGCUCGCCAAGUUGAUCAAGUCGUUUCAAGGCCAGGCAAACUGCGCGCGAUGUUUCGACCACAUCAUUAAUCUCAUGGCCAAGAGCCUGCUGCGCCAGUUUGACAUCCCACAGAAUGGAGCUGAUGCGACACUCGACGACACCAAAAAUGCCCUUCACGAGCUGGCAAAGGAUUUGGAACUUGGAGUGGGAGAAGGAGGUGAGAAGGGGGAGCCACCGAAUGAUAUUGAGGGCCUCCAGGACGAAUGCGAGGGGAUGUCCAUGGAGGAUCACGCAGCGCUCGAUGCGAGUGUGCGGCCUGUUAAGCUCAUUCUUGUUAAGUUGCGUAAGAUCGCGUCCGUGAUCAUACACUCAUCAACGAAGCUCUUGCCAGCUUGGUUGAAGGUGCUGGCAGACUUGGAGCUGGCAGAGAGAAAGAUGCCUCGGGAUGUCAUCACGCGAUGGAACUCGACCUUCCGGAUGUUGGAAUUUGCACUGGAGUACUGGCUGGCAGUCGAUGAGAUGACAGGAGACAGAGCGAUGGAGCUGUGA